AGACAAAUCAAAAUAAAAAGUGUAAACAUAAGUGCGAAUGGAUUAAGUUCGAUGCACAUGCUGAUGCGAGAACAAAAUACAAAACGGGAAAUCCACAAUACACGCGCCGUCGAGCCUUGAGACUAGUGCGUCGCCGAAGACAACACCGGCAACAAGUGGCAGCAGCGAAGCAAGAUAUAUUUAAUUCCCCGAGCUAGAGAUAGCGAUUCGUUGAGAGAAUACUGGGAAGUCAAUGUAUCCCAUGGAUCCGACCAGCACCGAGAUUUUGUUGGAAAUCUGUGUCGACUCUUUCGAGUCAGCUAUCGCCGCCGUCCUAGGGGGGGCAAACCGUAUCGAACUUUGUUCUGCCCUCAGUGAAGGCGGCCUCACGCCAACCGUCGGUUUGCUUCGCGAGUUGAAGCGAUGCAUUGCCGCAAGCUCCCGGAACGUUCCCGUUUACUGCAUGAUAAGAUGCCGAAGGGGAAAUGAUUUUCACUACAAUAGCCACGAAAUAAGCAUCAUGACGCUGGAUCUUGAGAUGCUGGCCGCAAACGGUGCCGAUGGAUUCGUUUUUGGAGCUCUCGACGAGUUCGGCAAUGUUCAUCGGGAGCAUUGCAAACAGAUAGUGGCAGCGGCACAUCGUACGGGGAUCGUUCCGAUAACGUUUCACCGCGCCAUAGAUUGCACGCCGGUGGAUAAACUAAAGGGCAACCUUCAGCUCAUUGCCGAGCUGGGAUUCAACACUGUGCUUACAAGCGGCUUGAAACCCACGGCAAUUCAAGGUGUAAACACAAUAGCGGAAAUGAAAUCCAUUGUCGAUGAGAUAAAUAAGCGGCUUCCACGACAACUGCACAUUAUGCCAGGUUCAGGUGUAUCGAAAGAGAAUGUGGUCACAUUGUUGAAACUAACGGACUGCCGAGCGAUACAUGGAUCUGCAAGCAUCGAAAAGGCUCCUGCGGAAACUUGCGGUACGCUGGGCGGAAAUAACGUCGAUUCGUUGCCGUUAAGAGUUUGCAGCCAAUCGAUAGUUGAAGACCUGCGACGGUUGAUAGAUGAUGAAUUCAGAAAAGAUAACACACAAUGA